AUAUGAGCAAGCUCAUCAGUGGGUGUUUUGUCUGAACUGACUCGAUCUAACAUGACUGUUCUGUGCCAAGCAUCCGGAGGUCUGAACCUUUCCCUGCACCUAGAACCCUCCUUCAUUGACUUCCUGGUAGACCAGAGGAUCAAGCAGCAAAAUGCUCUGGAUCUUUCUUUGAACCAGCCCCACCUGUCUGGCGACUCAGCGGGAAAGGAGCCCGGCAGCGAGGAGUUUUUAGUCGUAAACAAGUUCAUGAACAAAUGUUUCGGCUCGUUAAGCGUCAAGAUCAAUUCUGUUCCAAGCAAUACAAACGGAGGAAUUUUUCGCAACGAGCCGCAAGUGCAGCCACAGCCAUUUGCACACAAAAUUACGACCCAAUGUCCGAAUAUAGUGGUAAAAAGAGAAGUAGCGAACGAGAUGCGCACGAAUGAGUUCCACCACAACAACCAACAGCAGGAGAAUGCAUUCAGAAUCCCGAGCGUACAGAUUGCUUGCAAUGACGUCACUCCUCGUUUCGAGACUCGAUUUCCGACUGUCCAUGAAACAGUGACGUUCAACACACCCCCACUAGUUACCGAGGAGCAACAACAGCAGCAGUUGAACAUCAACAUGGCAAAUAUCGAAUCACUGGCACAUCAGCCGGCUAUUCUCAUCACUCAGCAACAGCAACACCAUCAUCAACAGGGUCUGAUUACGUCUGGCUACAGUCCCGAGGAGCCGGAAAACAAUUCGCCUGCUUAUACUUGUGCAAGCACGACACACUCCGAAGUUAUAAAAGACGAGAAUGGCAUGACUGAUUCAAACAAGCGUAAACGGGGACGUGGUAAGAAAUCGAGUCUAGGGUUCCCGUUUGCCAAUAACGGAUCAGGUGUCUACAAAUAUCCAGCUCAAUCUUCACCGAGAAAAGUGAAUUCGACCAAAACAUUUCAAUGUCCUCUUUGCGACUUCUCAACGCCCUAUUACAGCAGCUUGGACGUGCACACUAAGUCUAUACAUUCUGUAGAACGACCGUUUUCUUGUGUUCUUUGCGAGUACACCUGUAAACUAAAAGGUAACUUGAAGAAGCACUAUAUGGGCAUCCACAAACUGGAAUCAGAACCCGCUUCCUCACUUCUGAAACACUCGUCCGCAGGUGAAAAGGGAGCAAAUUCAACGUAUUUAUCGUCCCAAGGUGGCAGCGGCAGCAAUACGGAUGCUGCUUCGUCAAACGAUGAUCAAUCGAAGACAACCAAGACUGAACAGGAAACCCCAACAUCGACAACUCAAAUCCAAAUUGACGACCAACAGCACCAAUUCAGCGUCGAAGUAUCGAGGCCAACUAGUGGAAUAGUAACUUACACUUCCUCGCAGCAACAACUUCAGCAACUGACAAGUGAUCAACAGAGUGAUCAUGGCGAGUCUUUCGUAUUCCAAAACGUUUCCUCUGCCGCUUUCUCCAAUAACAAUCGAGGUUCUAAAUUGGACUUUGCUAUGGCUCCAAGUUUAAUUAGUCCUGGGAAUAACAACACGGCUCCAACUGCUACAAAUUCUUCAGGUGUUGAAUCUUCAGGAUCGAUUGCUGUUACGAGUAGUCCGCAAACUAUCAUGACAUCUUUGACCUCAUUUGACCCAGCGGCAACGAAUGAACAGUCGGACUUCCCUUCAGUGUCGGCAGCAGAAGUUCCGGCUCUGCUCAUGCCACAAGGCUAUACCAGCAUAGAGUCCUUCAUGCCAAUGCGGAUGGAAAGUAUGGAAGGCAUACAGAUGAUGGGAACUCUGGAAACACAUAGUGAUGACGAAAGCUGUGGCUUGAUUAGUUGAUUCUAUUCAAUAUUUAAAUUAUCAUUUAACCUUAGUGGCCUUUCGAGGCUGCGCCAAAAUACAUUUGUGUUUGAUAAAAACUUACAUGCUUACUUUACGUAGUAUUAUAGUGAACGUGAGAGGACGCUUCCCGUUAAAUAUUUUUGUUAUCAACUUCUAAAGUAGUUCCAUUACUCUACCAAGUCUCGGACACAUACAGUCUCAUCACAUAUUUCAUUUUCUGCUAAGGCAAUAAUAGAAUGUGAGAAACAGCGCUCAUUUAAUAUCUAGUUUGAGUUUUACCAGAGACCAGUCAUUUUUGGUUGCAAUUGUGAUAACAUUGAAAAUUUUCAGCGGCAAAAAGGAGCUUGGUGCGCAAAAAAGGGCAACGCUCAGCAAAGCAUUGCAGUUUCAAGUAAAGGAAAAAAUACAACUUGGUUUGUCGUCUUAGAGAGGCAGAAUAAUUUUCAAUAGUUCUUCUGCCAUUUGCAUAUUUUUUUCUUCAAAUUCUGAAAUCUCAUUGAAUACUAAGAAGGCCAUUCUCUGCAAAAAACGUUUUAUCAAAUUUUAAAACGUUGCAACCGAAAAUGCAAUUUUAACAGCGUACUUCCUGAAAAAAAAUUUAAUAUAGCCGUCAAUGGCGCCUUUAGUACACAUUGCGCCAUUUAGUACGGCGCCAUUUAGUACUUGUCAAUUAGUUCCAACGGUUUUUUUGUAGUGCGUGUAGUAUCGGUGAUUCUAAGACAUUUUCCUCAAACUAAGAACUAGACUUACAGAGUUUUAUCUUGAAAAUGCAUUCAGUAUGGGGAAAGUUAAUGAGUAGUUCGUAGCUUGGUGUUGAGCAAUCAAUACGAUAAUUAGAAAGGUAAACAGACGGUCAAUUCCAAAAAAGCUCGAAUCUUUAAACAAUUACUCUCUCCUAUGACUGAGAACCCAAGUGAAGUAAAGUCGGCAAUCCUCCACCCAAAUGGGAAAUAAAGAUUCUACUUGUGAAACUCAUAGGACCGAUACUAGAGAUGAUUUGAGCUGGGCAUGCAACAAUCCAUAUAUCUCGGAACCUCUGGCCAAAAAACUAAAAGUUCCCGGUGGUGCAAAUUGCCCUAUUAGAACUCAGCGGCGCAUGGAAUGGGACCAAAGUUCGGUAUGUUAUAGGUCUAGUUGAUAAGCUUAAGGUUAGAAUCCCAGACCCACUGCACUUCUAUUUCCGAUAGUUUGUCCCAAGUAAUUAGUCCUCAUCCCGACUUCCACAAAUGUUUUACCGGACCUCAGUGAACGGAGGGAGCCAAAACUUAGGAAUGAUAGGAAGUGGAAAACUAAAUUAUGUAUUUAGCCUUGCGAAAUUUUUUCACGAACAAAAACUUUGUUCACAGGACUCAUCACAUGGACUCAUAUAUCUACUGGGCCUUUUGAUUGCAACAGAUAUAUUUUGAGCUUGUAGGAAUUUUGAAUAUCCUGCCUAAUCGAAUUUUGCCUUUAUUGUUGAUUACAAUUUUACCAACUCGAUUCACUUUUUCUUUUGUCGGCCUAAUAGAUUGCUGGUUGUUUUACAUUGGCUCAGUGACCUCUUGUUACGUCUUUGGUGACCGAAAAUGUUUGUGUGUUUUUAGGGGAUGGAAGACUUCAAUUUUUUUGUUCAAUGAUUUUUUUAUGGCAUGAAGGGUUUCUGCUCAGGUUUUUCCGGUUUUGUUACUGCUUCAGUUCAAUCUACUAUGCGGUGCAUACUGCCUAGAGUUAACACAUUUGCUUGAAAGGGCAAAGGUUUGUAGUUCGAAUCCGGUCGGUACCUGUUUUUGUAAUUUUUUUGGUCUAUCGUCUCUUAUUUUUGUCGGCGUAGUUCACGUAGCCCAUUUUUUGAGUGUAGCGUUUUUUUCAAAAUACACUACACCAAUACACGAGACGAUAAAGCGAAGUAUUCCAAUUUCAGCGAGGUUUUUUUUUGCAAAUUAAAAAUUUUUGGCUACUUUAGAUUAUGGUCUCUGCUUCUUUUUUGUCGGCUUAGUUCCGCAGAAAGGACUUUUUGACAAUUCGGUUUCUUAGUUUUUUGAAAACUUUGUAACGUUUUUCAUGGUGCAGGUAAUUCUGUUUCCAUUAUUUUGUUCUUUCAUUGCAACUGUUUUUGGCAAUAAUUGUUUUUUGCUUAAAAUCGAAGACAUUCAUUUUUUUAUCGCAAGUGGUGCGAAGCGAAGCUUUGCCUCUGUGCAUAGUUUAAGCAAGCCUGUCGGUUUGACUUGAAGUUAAUAUCACGUGAAAAACCACCCACCCAUAGACUGGAAACAAAUUACCCAAAUUGAUGUGCGAGGUUAUUUGGAUUUUUAUCGCGGAUUGACAUCAGAUACUAGCCCCGAAAAAUGGCCCAUAUUGAAUGUAAUCCCUCCGGCGGCUCCUUCUGGUAUAAAUAGCCCGUAUCCCGGGAGAAGUGAUAAAAGAUCUUAAAAUUGGGAAAGUAUCAAUGGGAUAUGGACGAAACUUGAUAGGAAGGACCCCAUGGGAGACUUACCCGGAAUAUUGAAAAUAGACACCGCGAUAAACUCUUAUUUAUUUUUGCUAGUUCAGGUCCCAAUUGCAUCGAAAAGGCAGAGCUAACUACGGAAAGUAGCCUAUUGCCCGUCCCUAACCCUUGGAAAUGGCAGUCGAUCACUUCAUUCGUGAUAGAGAGGAAACUUAUCCUGUGGGAAAGUAGUCAGAAGAUAAAAAGUAGCUAAUUGAACAACAGUGAAACUUAUCUAACAUUGGGUCAACAUUAGCUAUGACAGUUAGACUAUUUAAAAAAAUAGUACCAGAGGAAACUGGCAGUAAGAGGAGAACGACACGAAAUUAGGUUUCUUAAAUAUCAUGAAUGAACGGGCUUUUUAAUUCGCUCAUCGGAGUUGUUUUUGACCUAUUGGGACCCCUGAAAGACAAACUACAUUACCAUUAUAGCUGUAAGGUUGUGAUUGAAAUUAGAUAUACUGGAAUUUUAGAGGCUUAGAAUGAAGUAAAUAUCUUUCAGGAUCUGCUAGCCCCGGAACGCGAAUGGGGUCAUUUGGAAGUUGGAAAAUGAAACAUAAUUUUGAUCAGAGCUGAAAUAUGCACAUCCGAGCUAGAUAUGCCAUAUUGAUUUUGACAUUAAAAAUAGUGUCACCACCGGAAUCAUUUUGUUAAGGUUUUGUGUAGGGGGUACCAAAGUGAAUACCAGGUUUUGUUGGGCUAAAUAUAACUUUAACUACAACUAAAACUAAGACUCAAGCAGAAAAACAAUACAGAAUACUAAACAGCCUACCCGUAGGCAGAACGCGGAAGAAUGAGAGACAGUUUAGUUAGUUCUCAUUACUGAUAAGUGUUUAAUACCUCAAAGGGAUGGUUGGUCUGCAGGAGUUUUAGCACGUCAAACAUAGCAGGAGUUAGUUCUAUUGCAGGAGUUAGUUAUAUUGGUUUACUAGCUGUAAUUAGGCGGCGGAGAUUCUCGGACCAUUUCAUUUUUUAUUGAAAUAUUUAACUACUUUUUGUCCAAAUUGUAGCCCUUUGUAUCGGGAAUUAUUACUUUCUUGAUUUUUUUUCACAAAUGAGACUUCUUGCGAUCGCGAAUGUGAGAAUUACAGUCAUAAGAGUAUUGAAUUGAACUCAGAGGGGGACAUAACAUAAUACGAGAAAGUAUACUUGCCAAAUUGUUAUCCAAAAUUAUCCAAACUGAUUGCAUUUUAAACAAUGCACUGUACCAAUUAAUUUUUGACAAGACUUCGAGGGAAGAGAAAAUCAAAUUGCACCUGAAAAGAGGUUCCAUACAUGAACUACUUUUUCAUUUACUUUUUAACACUAUACUAUUCACAUACCUUCAAGGACUGAGACUACGCGUACCUUCCAGCAAAGACCCGCGGAAUCCGAUCAAUGGAGACAGUCAUCGCCCAUCAGUGUGAGACAACUCGAUGCUUCAUAGUUUGACAUAGAUAUCUGAUGCCGUCUUGCCGUGUUUCCUUGUAAACCUAAGGCCAAACCGAAGACCAGAUAUCUACGUUUUAUCCUAGUAUACGGGGUAAUACUGAUAGCCCACUCUGAUGAGCCCUGACAUUUACCACUCAUUAGAGCAUGAACGACUAUAAAUCGGAAUGACUGCUCAGCAAAAGCGCUGUACUGGCAAGGCAAUGAAUGGCUUCCACGGGUUGAGUUUUAGAAGGUCCGUUUUCACUAAGACUCAGUGAUAUUCAACAGGCGUUCUAUCCUCAAAAAUAAAAUUUUGGCAUCACUGACCAUUUGUCAGCUGAUUUUUGGGUUUGUCAGCUGAUAAUGUGAGUCUAAAAAAUGAGGACGCAAUGUAUGACUGCAUUUUUCCGAGGAGGCCCUUCCUUUAAUCAGCUCCUGGUCCUAAAUUAUCUUGAUGUGAUAAUAAUCACUUUUAGCCAUUAUAUUCUUAUUGAACUUAAUGUUGUUUGGAAUGCAGACUUCCAAUAUCAUGGAUCUUAUUUUAUGCACAGACUUGUUUUAU